AUGGGCCGGCGGAGUCUCGUAGUCGUUAUUGUCGCCGUCGCCCUCAGGCUGGUUCUGUUCGCGGCCUUUCCAUCACUGCCGGACCUACUAACCAACCGCGUCGAGAUCUCAACACCCGUUACAAGCUUCAAACGACUGCAGGAGGGCCUGUUUCUCUACACCCAUGGAGUGUCGCCAUAUGAUGGCGGAGUUUUCCAUCAAGCUCCGCUACUACUCGCGUUCUUCACUACUCUCCCAUCCUCCGCGACAGCUACAAACCUCAUUUAUAUACUACUAGAUGUCUUCUCAGCAUAUGCCCUCAUUAAUAUUUCUACCUCCGGCAUCUCUGUCGCAACAUCAAAUCGCAAGGAUGCCCAAUUCCCUCCGUGGGCCGUCGCCGCUGCUUUCCUCUUCAACCCCUUUACUGUCGCAACCUGUCUAGCUCGACCAACUAUCGUUUUCACCAAUACGGUCAUCCUUACAGCUAUCUCAAAAGCUGUCCAGGGUCAUGGCGCUGCUGCGGUAUUAGCCUUAGCUAUGAGCGCAUAUCUAUCGCUGUACCCAAUUCUUCUGCUCCCGCCAAUGAUACUGCUGAGCUACGAUGGGCUUAAGCUGCUGCGGCAGGACUACUGGGACUAA